AUGGCAAAGGUGGUGGUUUACGCCCUUGUAGCCAUCGCCUUUGUUGCACUAAUCGUCCUUUCUCCUACCAACACGUACAGCAGUCAUAAUCAGCAUGGCGUCCAUGCCUUGAGUCGUCGCCUUGGAUACAAACUUCCAAUUUCAAAUCUCGACCCAAUAGUUAGAAAACUGCAAAGAGUUUCUGAAGAAACAGGGUUGGUGGAAGAGAACAAUAGUAUUAACUUGGAAAGGAUUUCAGUCGAUGUUUCUGAUGCAGAGGUUCCAAAUGAAUAUUUUAGUAAUGAUGGAAAGCUAAACAUCACCCGGAGGUUGAUUUUUCUGUUUUCAUUAAUAGAUAAUGCUCCUAAGGAUGGCAAGGCUAGUUUUGAGGAGUUUCAAAUAUGGAAUAGAGAACAAACAAUGGAUACUUUGACUUACAGGACCCAACAAGCAUUAGAUUUACAUGAUAAGAAUAAAGAUGGUGAAAUUAGUUUUAGUGAAUUUUUGCCUCAAUUUUCCAAGGAAGAAAUAGAACAAAAUGCCAUGUUCAAUGGUGGAGCUGGGUGGUGGAUGGAGCAAUUUCGAAAUGCAGAUAUUGACAAAAAUAACAUCCUCAACUUUGCUGAGUUCAAUAACUUCUUAUAUCCUGAAGAUAGCAACAAUGAAGAAAUCCAAAAAUGGUUAAUUAGAGAAAGACUACGGAUGAUGGAUGAUGAUCGUGAUGGGAAACUCAAUCUUGCAGAGUUCUCUUUACAUGUUUAUGGGAUUUUCAAAGUUUAUGCAGAGAUUGAAAGUAGAAGAGUUGCUCUUGUAAGUGCAGAAAGAAAAUUUGAAGAACUUGACACAAAUAAAGAUCAGUUCUUAGAUGUGAAGGAAUUAAUUCCUGUUCUUAACUAUAUUAAGCCUGGAGAAUUAUUCUAUGCCAAAUUUUAUGCAAGUCAUAUGAUCCAACAGGCAGAUGAUAAUGAAGAUGGUUAUUUAACACUUGAAGAGAUGAUCAAUCAUGAAGAUUUAUUCUAUAACAUUGUGUAUGGCAAUAGCAUUGAAAGAUAUAAAGAUGUUGAUGAAGAACUUUAG